AUGCUGCCGUUGCUGCCGGCGACGGGAGCGCGCAGCCGCGCAGUGGCCCCGCGAGUGAAAACGCGCGACCGUUCCCGGGAAGAGGCGCAGAACCUGAAAAUUCUCGGCUUACUCAUCGCUAUCUUUUUCCAUCGGCCCCGUACUCAAAGUGAGCCCAGGACUCUCGUCUGUCGCAGCUGCAUCCGCAGCAUGUGUGCAGCGUAUAUUGACCAUUUCGUUCACGUGCAUGCAUAGUGCUACACAAGAUGUCGGUGCUGUUUUACGCUGUCGUUCGUCAUGUGCACUGCAAGAUGCAUGACAACCCUUGCGACAGGAACAUAAGCCAGCUACAAAUACGAAGUCAACGG